CAACUUUUCAAUCAACAUCCAAGAUCAACAAAGACCUAUCAUCAAUCCUAAAUAAAUUUCAUCGCAAUGGCAGCCUAUACGACAGACCACUCGUCUUCGGUCCUUCAGACACACAAUUGGCGCACCGUCACCAAUUCAGCACCACACCUCCUGCCGCAUAUCAAACCCAACAUGGCCAUCCUCGACAUCGGCUGCGGACCCGGUUCAAUCAGCGUGGACCUAGCGCGUCGCGUACCCCAGGGACAUGUUACUGGUAUCGAGUACAUAUCUGAUCCGCUGGACCAAGCACAAAGUCUCGCGGCAAGCGAGGGAGUCACGAAUGUCGACUUCCGGGUCGGUGAUAUCCAUUCGCUUGACUUUCCUGACAACAGCUUUGACAUUGUGCAUGUACACCAAGUUCUACAGCACAUCGCGGAUCCAGUCAAAUCACUCCGUGAGAUGCGCCGUGUUGCCAAAACAGACGGUGGUAUUGUUGCCGCGCGCGAAUCGGCGCAAUACACAUGGUAUCCGGAAAACGCAGGGAUCGAAUCGUGGUGGAAUCUGACCGACAAAAUGUCCAUGGCAAAGGGCUGUAGUGCCUGUUCCGGCCGGUACAUUCAUGCCUGGGCGCGAGAAGCGGGAUUCGAUCGAGAGAAGAUUCGGAAAAGCGCAGGGUCGUGGUGCUUUAGUAGCCCUGCGGAGAGAGCGUACUGGGGAGGAUCCAUGGAGGGACGGGCGAAGUCUUCGGGUCUUUCAAAGACAGCAGUGGAGGAGGGAUUGGCGACGCAGGAAGAGUUGAAUCAAAUGGCGCAAGGCUGGAGGACAUUUACCGAGGACGAGGAUGGUUGGUUCGCGGUACUGCAUGCGGAGAUUCUUUGCUGGAAGUAAUUGUCAUAUAGUUUAGCCGUAAUUAAAAUUGAUACACACACCUAUGGCGUCUUUAUAAUGGAAAGUUCGUAGAAGCGGGGACCGUUUUUGAGCCCCGACUAAGGAUAUAUCUGUGCCAUCGGGCCAAACCAACUCCGGCCAUAAUAAUCGAAAGUUCGCUGAAAUUCACACAAUUCUUUGCAACUACGAUGAACUUUUCGAAUAUCCCUAAUGAAGUAGUUUACUUGAUCGUUUCUUAUCUC